UUUGGUUGAUUUCUAGCUCGCGCUCUCGCUCUGUAACAGAAGCCCCCCCUCCAACACACACACACUCACACUAGUGUCGGUGAAAUUCAUUUCCCUGCUCUGUAUUUAUAUAUUUUUUCUUUCACAAACUUUCCCCUCUCUGUUUUAACUUUAAACGGAGUCGCGGUGGAUUACCGGAUACCAGUCCGGGCGGAGGGCAAAGGGGGGAAUGAACCGGGACAACGGGUACGUUGUUAUAAAUAUAAUUGUAUUUAUAUUCAAUGGUUAUUCGGAGUUUGAUUGUGAGUGAGUCGCCGUGCUGAGAGAGAGGUAGAGAAAGAGUGGGGGAGAGAGAGAGAGAGGGAUAUCAUGGCCGCUCAGGUUGCCAGCGUCGCUACUCUCAACACUAGCCCGCCAUCCGAACUCAAAAAGCCGGAUCGGGACCCACAGGAGGAGUCGGUACCAGGAGAGAAACAGCAUGAAAAUAAGGAACCGGGACCUGACGGCGGAUCUCCUGGCCAGAAGGAGCUGCAGGACGGGACCGAUGGUGGAAAUGCUGGGGGAGGAGGGGAUCCUGACAUGAAGAACGGCAACGGGAAUCUGCCCAGGGUAAAUAAUAAUAGCAGUAAUCAGAAUGAUUCCGGCGGGCCCGAAGGGAAUAACCAUCCCGGAAUGGGACACCACCACCCGGGCCCCUUUCCUCCACCUCCUUACGGCUACAACCAGCACUACAGCCGGGCCCCUUUUCAUCAACAUGGCGGACAACAAAGCCCUGGCAUGGCAGCUGCAUCGGGGCCGGGCAUGAUGGACCCUUACCCCCCUAAUUCACACGAACACGGCUACCCCAACCAUUAUAACAACUACAGCCCUUUCCAGAACAGGACUUCUUAUCAGGGCCAAGGAUACGGGGCCAUGAAUUCCCCGCGUAACAACCAGCCUCCGGCGGCUGGGGGGCAGCCAGGCAAGCAGCAGCCACCAGGAGGAACCACAGCUAUGGCUGCCUCUUACAAUAAUCAGAGAUAUAACAUGGGAAACCAACAACCUACGUCUACGCCAACUUUAAAUCAGCUUUUGACAUCCCCUAGCUCUGCCAGGAGCUACCCGAAUUACCCCCAAGGAGACUAUAACAAUCAGGAAGGGGCCAGCAAGGGGCCAGGAGACAUGGGCAGCAGUCAGUAUGGUGGGGUCCAUCCGGGUUGGCAACAAAGGACCCACCAUCCGCCUCCCAUGAGCCCAGGGAACACUGGACAACCUCCAAACAGAAAUCAGCCUCCAAGCCCAAUGGACCAGGUAGGGAAGAUGCGUGGCCAGCCGUAUGGAGGACCCAAUCCCUACUCUCAACAGCAGCAAGGGCCUCCCACAGGGCCAGGACCCCAGCAGGGAGGCUCUUACCCAGGGCAAGGUUAUGGACCUCAGAGGUAUCCUAUGGGGAUGAACCGAACGCCUGGCACUAUGAGCGGCAUGCAGUAUGGACAGCAGAUGUCAGCGUAUGGACAACAGGGGCCUGGUGGCUACAGCCAGCAGGGUCAGGGCUACUAUGGCCAGCACGGCGCCCCCCCUCACCCAGGCCAGCAGCAGCAGCAGCAGCAGCAGCAGCAGCAACAGCAGCCACCGUACGCUGGUCAACCCCAGGGCAGCUCUGGACCCCCCUACCCCCAGCAGGGCCACCCUACACAGCCCUCUGGCCAACACGGGCAGCCUGGACCCCCCUACCAACAAUCCCAAGGUCCCCAUGGCCCACCUCCAGGUCAGCCUCCCUACAGCCAGUCCCCACAGUCUCAGCCAGGACAGCCAGCCUACGUCCCUCCCCAGCAGCAGCAGCCUCAACAGCAGCAGGGACCAGGUCCCCAAAGUCAGCAGGGCCCUCAGGGUCAGCCUGGCUACCAACAACCCCCUGGACCAGGGCAGCCACCACAGCAGCAAACCCCACAGCAGCAGCAAGGGCCCCCACAACAACAACAACAACAGCAACAACAGCAACAACAACAACAACAGCAACAGCAGCAACAGCAACAACCAGGAGGUCCACCUCCUCAAGCCCAGCAACCUCCAGGUCAUGGCCAGCAGGGCCAACCAUCACCUUACUCCCAGACACCCCCCCUGCAGCAGCAGCAACCACCACCACAACAACAACAACAGCAGCAGCAACAACAACAGCAGCAGCAGCAGUCACCAUAUCAGAGGUUCCCACCUCCACCACAGGAACUCUCCCAGGAUUCAUUUAGCUCCCAGUCCAGCGCUCCUCCUUCCAACCAGCCCAUGGCUUCCAACAAGAGCAGUCAAGAAGACAGCAUGCAGGCACGGCCCUCCAGUCUGCCGGAUCUGUCGGGCUCCAUCGACGACCUGCCCACUGGUACGGAGGGGGCCCUGAGCCCGGGCGUCAGCACCUCAGGAGUAUCCAGCAGUCAGGGCGAGCAGAGCAAUCCCGCCCAGUCGCCCUUCUCUCCGCACACUUCGCCCCACCUGCCGGGCAUACGCGGGCCCUCGCCAUCACCUGUGGGUUCCCCCGCCAGCGUCACGCCCUCCCGCAGCGGCCCUCUGUCCCCUGCUGCUGUGCCAGGUAAUCAGAUGCCUCCCCGGCCGCCCAGCGUCCAGUCAGACUCCAUCAUGCACUCUUCCAUGAACCAGUCAGCCAUGGGCCAGGACAGGGUGUACAUGCGCAACCCUCAGAUGGCUCCUUACGGGUCCCCUGGACAACCUGGCUCCGCCUUAUCUCCACGCCAGUCUUCGGGAGGCCAGAUGCAUGCUGGGAUAGGACCAUAUCCCCAGAACAACUCCAUGGGAAACUACGGGCCUCAGGGGGCCCAGUACGGCCCACAAGGUUACCCCAGGCAGCCCGGAUACACAGGGAUGCCCAAUGCCAACUACCCCACCGGUCCCGGCAUGAGCGGCUCCAUGAACCCCAUGCCUGGUCAGGCCAGCGGGGCUCCGUAUGGAAACAUGCCGCCCGGCAGGAUAGGCCCCGGGCAGAUGGGCGCUCGGCCCUUCGGUCCUGCGAUGGCCACCAACAUGGCCGGUAUGCCUCCUCAGGUGGCGUCCGGGAUGUGUCCCCCUCCAGGCAUGAACAGGAAAGAUGGCGGCCCGUCCAUGCACCAUGGACCCACGAACUCCAUACACAACAGGCCACCCGGCUACCCUAACAUGUCCCAGGGCAUCAUGGGAACAGGCUCUCCAUACGGCCCUGGCAUGAACAGCAUGCACGGUAUGAUGAACCAGGGAGGGCCAGGGCCCUACCCAAUGGGAGGAAAUAUGGCAAACAACACUCCUGGAAUGGCUCCCAGUUCGGAGUUCGGCAUGGAGAAAAUGGCCCCUACUCAGAAGAUAAACAACAAAGUGGAGGGGACUCCCAAGACUGAGUCCAAAAAGAAGUCGAGCUCUUCCACCAUCACUAACGAGAAGAUCACUCGUCUGUACGAGCUCGGCCCCGAGCCAGAGAGGAAGAUGUGGGUGGAUCGAUACCUGGCCUUCGCCGAGGAGAAGGCCAUGGGCAUGAACAACCUGCCAGCCGUGGGACGCAAGCCUCUCGAUCUCUUCAGACUCUACGUGUCCGUCAAAGAGAUCGGCGGCCUUACCCAAGUGAACAAGAACAAGAAGUGGAGGGAGCUGGCCACCAACCUCAACGUGGGCACGUCGAGCAGCGCCGCCAGUUCACUCAAGAAACAGUACAUCCAGUGUUUGUACGCCUUCGAGUGCAAGAUCGAGCGCGGCGAGGACCCGCCCCCGGACUUCUUCAACACGGACACCAAAAAGAGUCAGCCCAAGAUCCAGCCUCCCAGCCCAGCUGGUUCUGGAUCCCUGCAAGGACCCCAGACUCCUCAGUCCACCAGUAGUUCCAUGGCAGAGGGGGGAGACCUGAAGCCCCCCACCCCAGCCUCCACCCCGCACACGCAAAUGCCCCCAAUGCCCGGCGUCAGGAGUAGUGUUAAUCUGCAGGACCCCUUCGCUGAUGGCGGGGACCCGGCAUUUUCCAGAAGGAACGCCAUGACCCCCAACUCACAGGGCUACCAGCCCGGGAUGGGUGGCCCAGAGAUGAUCGCUCGGAUGGGUCCCUACGAGUCCAACAAAGACCCCUUCGGUGGCAUGAGGAAAGCUGGAGAGCAGUUCAUGCAACCAGGACCCAACAGCGGGAUGGGAGAACAGUAUAACCGAGGCCCACCAGGUCCUAUGGGCAACAUGCAGAUGGGCCAGAGGCAACAGUACCCUUACGGAUAUGACAGAAGACAGGAGCCAGGCAUUGGUCCUGACGGCAGUAUGGGACCAGGAGCUCCACAGCCCAACAUGAUGCCUUCUGGAGCCGACACAGGGAUGUACUCGCCCAGCCGCCCUCCACCGCAGCAACGGCAUGAGUCCUAUACCAAUCAGUACCCUGGCCAAGGAGCUCCCCCUGGUGGCCCAUACCCAAAUCAACAGCCAGGAAUGUAUCCACAGCAGCAGCCGAACUACAAGCGUCCAGGAGACGGAGGGUACGGUCCUCCAACCAAGCGCCAUGAGGGAGAAAUGUACAACGUCCCCUACAGUGGUCAGCAGCAGCCAGGUCCCCAGGCCUCGGGGCCCCAGGGCCAACAGGACAUGUAUAACCAGUAUAAUGCAUACCCUGGAGGAGACCGUAGACCACCAGGCCCACAGAACCAGUUCCCUUUUCCCUUUGGCCGUGACAGAGUACCAUCAUCUGCAGGCCCCAACUCGCAGUCCCCAAUGCCUCCCCAAAUGAUGGCAAGCCCCAUGCCUUCAGGUCCUGACGGCCCUCAGGGUCCAAUGUGGCAGGGCCGCAAUGAGAUGGGCUACCCAAACUACCCCAACCGACAGGGACCACCUGUACCAGGCCAGGGCCCCGGCUACCACGGCAUGAACCGCUCCGAGGAGAUGAUGCCGUCAGACCAGCGCAUGAACCACGAGGGUCAGUGGCCCGGCCACGUCAACCAGCGGCAGCCGCCGUUCGGCCCCGGUGGCUCCGGACCUCCCAUGACCAGACCCCUGCCAUCCACCUACCAGACUUCCCAGAACCACAUUCCUCAGGUGUCCAGCCCUGCGCCCAUGGCCCGGCCUAUGGAGAGCAGGACGUCGCCCAGCAAGUCCCCUUACAUGCAUCCGGGCAUUAAGGUGCAGAAAGCUGGACCCCCGGUGCCCGCGUCCCACAUCGGCCAGGCCCCAGUGCAGCAACCCAUGAUCAGGAGAGACGUGGCCUUCCCUCCUGGCUCUGUGGAGGCCUCCCAACCCCACCUUAAGCCCCGCAGACGGCUCACCAUGAAAGACAUUGGCACUCCUGAGGCUUGGAGAGUGAUGAUGUCACUAAAGUCUGGCUUACUAGCUGAAAGCACCUGGGCCUUGGACACCAUUAACAUUUUACUAUAUGAUGACAGCAGCAUUACUACUUUUAACUUAUGCCAGCUGCCUGGAUUCCUUGAGCUGGUGGUGGAGUACUUCAGACGCUGCCUCAUCGAGAUCUUCGGCAUCUUAAAGGAGUACGAAGUAGGCGACCCCGGCCAGCGCACCCUCAUAGACCCCAACGCCGCUGAGGAUCCUGAUGAUGACAUUCUAAUGCCGGAGGGCGAGGACAUGGACGUGGACGAGGAGGACGAAGAGGAGGAGGAGGUAGAGGACACCAAGGCCGAUCCCGACAUGCCCUCACUGGUCCAGGUGAAACAGGAGGAGGACGGCUCACACAAACACGCGUCUUCAGAGGACGAGGACGAGGAGAAGGAAAGGGAGUCUUCUAUCAAGGAACCCAGUACCUCUACCUCAGGGUCCUCCCAAGACCCCAACCUCCAUUCGGAAAAGCCCAAGCAAGCUAGCAAGUUUGAUAAACUCCCCAUCAAGGUGGUGCGGAAGAAGAACCCCUUCCUGGCCAACCACUCGUCCAAGCUUGGGCAGCGGCAGAGCUUUGAUAGCGGCCUGACACACUGGAGCAUCGGCGGCGGCGACACCACCGAACACAUCCAGACCCACUUUGAGAGCCGGAUGGACCUUCUCAAGCAGCGGAAACGCAAGACGACCACUGAGAGCCGCAAGAAGGUCCAGGCCACUGAGACUGUGACAGAAAACCCGGAGAAAUCCAAGUCCAACGGGGAGGACAGGCCUCGGCAGCAGCAGCCCCAGUCCUCUGAACCUCAGAAGUCUCCGGCAGAGAAGACCCCUCCUCCCCUCCCCAUCGGCGCACCCGUCACUGCCACCAUCGAUGAUGUACUAUCUGCCCGCCCAGGCUCCGUCACAGAGGAAGUGGUCCGUGGAGGCGCAGAAGAGCAGAAAGAGAACGGCAAGUACCUGUUCAGCAUCAACCCGGAACUCCAGAGCAGACGCAACAUCAAGAUCCUGGAGGACGAGCCUCACAGCAAGGACGAGACGCCGCUCAGCACCCUGUCGGACUGGCAGGACUCAUUAGCUCGGCGCUGCAUCUGCGUCUCCAACAUCGUACGCAGCCUGUCCUUCGUUCCAGGAAACGACCUGGAGAUGUCCAAACACCCAGGCCUCCUGUUGCUGUUGGGUCGCCUGGUGCUGCUCCACCACAGGCACCCCGAACGCAAACAGGCCCCGGUCACCUACGAGAAGGAGGAAGAGGAAGAUGAAGGCGUGAGCUGUGAGAGGGACGAGUGGUGGUGGGACUGCCUCGAGGUGCUGAGGGAGAACUGCCUGGUGACUCUGGCCAACAUCUCAGGCCAGCUGGACCUUUCUAUCUACCCAGAGAGUAUAUGCCUGCCGCUGCUUGACGGCCUGCUCCACUGGGCCGUCUGCCCCUCAGCAGAGGCCCUGGACCCCUUCCCCACACUGGGGCCCCACGGCUCACUUUCCCCCCAGAGACUGGUCCUCGAGACCCUCAGCAAGCUCAGCAUCCAGGACAACAACGUCGACCUCAUUCUGGCAACGCCGCCGUUCAGCCGCUUGGAGAAGCUGUACGGCUCGCUGGUGCGCCUGGUCGGUGAACGCAAGGUGGCCGUUUGCCGAGAAAUGGCGGUCGUCCUGUUGGCUAACUUGGCCCAGGGCGACAGCCUAGCGGCACGGGCUAUAGCUGUGCAGAAAGGCAGCGUGGGUAACCUGUUGGGCUUCCUGGAGGACAGCCUAGCUGCCACGCAGUACCAGCAGAGCCAGAGCUCCCUGCUACAGUUGCAGGGAGGACCUCAGUUUGAGCCCACCAGCGUGGACAUGAUGCGGCGGGCGGCCCGGGCCCUGCACGCGCUGGCUAAGGUGGAGGAGAACCACUCGGAGUUCACUUUGUACGAGUCGCGGCUACUGGACAUCUCAGUGUCCCCACUUAUGAACUCUCUGGUGUCCCAAGUGAUCUGUGACGUACUGUUUCUGAUCGGCCAGUCAUGACAGCCGUGGGGAGGUUUCAGCUCUGCCUCUUUCCGUUCCCCGUCACCCUCCCCCCACUUUUUUUUGUGUGUGCGUGUGUCUGUUGCGUGUGAGUGAAAAGAGCAAAAAACUGACUGUCCUCUUUUUUUUUCUUCUUUUUUUUUUUUAAUUUAUGCAAAAUCACCUCGGAUUCCACUGUCUUUCUACCCCUGCUUCUCACUAAAGGAAGGAAUAUCAUGAAGUAGCUGUGGAUUUUAAAGCGUCUGAAACGGAAAGAUACUGACACAGAAGAGCAGAUCGGGACCCAGGCAUAGGACAGAGUGCGCUGCGCUGCGGAAAGGACUUGUUUUUUAAUGAAAAGAAAAAAAAAUCUCCAGAAAAAAAAAAAAUAAGAAACUGUAACCAAAGUUGCUGUCUCGUUUACAGUGAGUUUGGGGGAUACAUGUGCUCGCUUUCUCCCUCGGGGGGGAGGGGGGGUCGGCAGGGGGAAGAGGGCACGGACUAAACAAUAUUAUGGUUCGUGUUUGGAGGCUACAUAGACUCACGGACUGUGGUGUGGUAUAAUUGCUGUAACUUUGGAUGCUAUAUACUCAGCCCCACAGGAACCACAUUAUUGGCUGUGAACAGACAUCUGUCAUGGGAGGCCUGUGCAGUAGAUUGUAGGACUUUUUUCUGUACUGUACACCUUAAAAACUGUAAACAUACUGUAAUAAUACUGUUUCACACUGAGAUACGCUGGCUUGGCAGCAAACUGUAGUUUUUAAAAACAGUUUUAGUUAAUGUCGAGAGAGAAAACGGCUUUCCCCCCAAAGUAUGGUGAACCUACAACACCCCGACCUCUUCUCUUUGUCCCUUGAUUGUAUGACUUGACCCUUAUAUUAAAAAGUCACCUCUUUAGGACUGGUCCUCAACUCUAGAUGCAGUCCAAGCUGCAGUGUAUAUAUGAUGUUGUACAUUACACUUCUCUCUCUCUUUCUCAACUUCUGUUGCUCUUCACCAUUUUUAAUCUUUGACGAGUCCCCCGACCCCCCCCUCCCCCCCUCCCGCAUCAAGUACGCCAUGUGAUUACUUGACGCCCACCCCCCUCUCCGUUACUUAGGCGCCUCACCCUGCUCGUAUCGCGCUCCGGGGGUGUUUUUAGCUGCUGUCCAAUGCCACCCCCACCCCCUCCCCCCCUCCCCAACAAACACAACUUCAAGUUUCAGUUUGUCUCCGGUCUGGGUGUAGAGAAUAUAACAAAAAUCAUGUCUGCGGUUCCAUUUGAGCUCCUUCAUAAAUGACAAACUAGACCUUGAUGAAGAAACCAUUUUAAUUUUGUUUAUUUUGUUUAUUUUUUUUUUUUCCAGUGAUGCGGAUUCUGCAUAUUUGUAUUUCAGAUGAUGUAGCUAAAAACUUGAUGUAAAUUCCUCUUUUUUCCUUUUUUUGGCUUAAUGAAUAUCAUUUAUUCAGUAUGAAAUCUUUAUACUAUAUGUUCCACGUGUUAAGAAUAAAUGUACAUUAAAUCUUCGUAAGACGUU